CCAAUCCAAUUGCUGUUCUCGACAGUCGCACUCAACUCCACAAAUAACAAACAGCAUCCAUUGAAUUCAAUGCAAUUAAUAAUAACCCACUGAUAGUCAUGGUCAUGGCCAAGUCCUGCUAUGCUUCUUCUCCUCCUCAUCUUCAAAUUCAUCAACACUUGAGUCAACAUCAACACCGUAAUCUUCUAUUACCACACAAAUAUCCCACUUCUUCUUCUUCUUCAACUCGCCUUCAUCAAAAUCAAAAUCACAUUUCUCUCCCGACGCAAUACCGUCUCUUACGCCGACCCAAUUUUAUUCUCAAUGCUCUUCAUUCUGAUCCACCUCACCAGGGAAAUGAAAGAAGAUAUGACUAUGAGCAAUGGGAUUCACUUACAUCAAAAUUCUCUGGAGCAGCCAAUCUCCCUUUCCUGUUACUUCAAAUGCCUCAAAUUUUACUUAAUGCCAGAAAUCUCAUUGCUGGAAAUAACACUGCUCUUUUUGCUAUUCCAUGGCUGGGAAUGCUUACUAGUUUGCUUGGAAACCUGUCACUACUUUCAUACUUUGCCAAGAAGAGAGAAAAGGAAGCAAUGGUAGUGCAGACACUUGGUGUAAUUUCAACAUAUGUGGUCAUUGUUCAGUUGGCUUUAGCGGAAUCCAUGCCUUUGCCAUACUUUUUAGCAACUUCAGUUGUUGUAGUGUCAGGUCUUUUUCUGAAUUUCAUGAAUUACUUUGGCUUACUAAAUGCUGGAAUCUGGCGCUUUUGGGAAGAUUUCAUUACAGUUGGGGGUUUAUCGGUGCUUCCUCAAAUAAUGUGGUCUACAUUUGUCCCCUAUCUACCUAACAGCAUCUUGCCUGGUACCAUUUCCUUUGUCAUAGCUGUCUUGGCUGUUACCAUGGCAAGAACUGGAAAACUUUCUGAGAAAGGUGUUAAAUUUGUUGGUGGAAUAUCUGGAUGGACUGCUACGUUACUCUUCAUGUGGAUGCCUGUUUCUCAGAUGUGGACAAAUUUUCUCAAUCCUGAGAACAUGAAAGGCUUGUCUGCUUUUUCUAUGUUGCUUGCAAUGCUUGGAAAUGGACUCAUGCUUCCACGUGCUUUAUUCAUUCGAGAUUUCAUGUGGUUCACUGGUUCAUCGUGGGCUACCAUAUUCUAUGGAUAUGGGAAUCUUGCAUGCCUAUUCCUUUUGAACAUUAUCAGCAAGGAAUUCUUCUUGGCAGCAACUGUCGCUUUGGUCUCAUGGAUAGGAGUCGCUUUCUGGAGAGACAGUGUAGUGCAUGGUUACAGUUCACCUUUGGCUUCCUUACGUGACUUGGUUUUUGGAUCUCAAGUUUAAAGUUUGUGAUGCCGGACUGAUGAAGUUUAGACAUCUGGUCCUCUACUGAAGUAAUCAUGCUUGAUCCACACUGCAUUGCAUCUACAGUACACAGGCCACUGAGUUUUCAAUUAUGUGUAUAGUAUGGGGAAAUCAUAAUCAACACCAGUCUUCUCCCAUCUUGGGAUCGAGUCAUUGAGAUCGGUAUGUUGUAAUUAAUUAGCGUUUUACAGGAUGAUACAGUACAAGUUGUAAUGUUUAAAGUGAAAUUUAUCUCUUUCAUUCUUUAGUCACUUUUUCAAAGUCUUGUCUGUUCUUUAUGUUUUAGAAUAUCUUAAGUUUCAUUAUAUUUAUUGUAAGUAUUGUUUGUGUUGCUUA